AUUGAUGAUGGAACCCAAUUCACACUAACAACUAUAAAGAGAAGAAUGACAGGUCUUUCUUCUCAGUUUCAACCAUUUGUAGAAGAAGCAAGGGCAAUCUUUGUUUGCAAUGGAUGUGACUGCAUCUGCCAAAUGGGAAUGGAUGAGUUAAAUAUAAUCCAUGGGGGUCUUAUGAAUUCUGUUGCAGAACUCAGAACAGCACAAGACAUAGCAGCUACACUGCAGGUAGCAGGGCCGUCUUUAUCCUCCAACAGCUAUAAUUCUUGUUUUUCUGAUCUAAAAACCCACAACACUACCACUUUCAGCGGCUCCUCCAUUGAAACCAGCUUUGAGAGGCCUGCCAAACUCAUCAAAACCAACAGUUUUAAUUCCACCAUCACAAUCCACCAUGGGAUCCAAAAACCUUCUUCUCCUCCCUGCACAUCCCAAAUCCUCUCUUUCGAGAAAUCCGGUUCACUGAAGCCUGAAGCCGAUUUGGAGCAUCUACGCUACACUUCAAACCCUAAAUAUGUUACUGCAACAGAUGGCCUUGAUUAUGAAAACACAAUCUAUGUACCAAAAGGGAAGAAGAGAUCUCAUUCCAUUACAAAAACCCCAUACCAGGUUCAAGAGCACAUAAUGGCCGAGAGACAGAGGAGAGAAAAACUUAACCAGCGCUUCAUAGCUCUCUCAGGAAUUGUUCCUGGUCUCAAGAAGAUGGACAAAGCUUCUGUUCUUGGAGAAGCGAUCAGGUAUGUGAAACAGCUUCAAGAACGCUUAAAGGCGUUGGAGGAGCAGGCCACCAAGAGAACUGUGGAGUCGGUUGUUCUGGUAAAAAAGUCAUCUUCUUGUGAUGAUGACAACUCCGACGGUCACUCUAAUAUUAUGACUCUACCCGAAAUUGAAGCGAGAGUUUGCGGUAAAGAUGUUCUGAUUCGAAUCCACAGUGAGAAACAGAAAGGCUUCCUGGUAAAAAUACUUAGCGAGAUAGAGAAGCUUCACGUCUCUAUUGUCAAUAGUAGUGUCUUGCCUUUCGGUUCCACCCUCGACAUUACCGUGAUUGCUCAGAAGGAUUCUGAGUUUGACAUGACAGUGAAGGAUUUUGUUAAAGAGUUAAGAAAGGCUUUAUUGAACUUCAUGUAAUCUGACUGUUCUUCUAAAUUGUUCAGUUUCUGUAAUUAAAAGAUUGGAUUUUUC